UAACCCCAUCCCAUUGUCUUGUACAGAUUCUAGAAUGAACAGGUCAAUGCUGUGAGGUGGGUUCAAGGUGUAAAGGGGAAGGACUAUGAGGUGACAUUCUGGAAGGGUGGAGAGGCUACGACAGGAGGCAGAUGACUAUUCCCUCACAAACAGGGGCUUUGGGGCAGCCAUGUCCUACUUUGUGUCUCCACAGACUCAUCCAGGUCUUCUGCUUUCUGGUCAAGGUGGGGCUGCUUCUCCAGGCUCAUCCCUUGGCCUCUAUAGUCCUGUAGAGCCAGUGAUGGUGGCCUCUGGUGGAGUAGGCCAGAAAGCUGAGCAGGUGGCACCUGCUGCCCGGGCCUGGGGCCCAGCCCUGGCAAUGCCGGACGCCAGGGGCUGCCCUGGGGGGGCUAGCUGGGAGACGCUGCAGAGGAAGGAGUACAGCCGAUACUGCCACAAAUUCCCCAAUGUGAGGCAGCCGGAGAGCUUGGGCUGGGAGGACAGCUGCUCCAGAAGCAGAGCUCCCCACCUGGGUGGCCCCAGCAGGCCUGGGCCCCUGCUGCUGUGUGGGCUGUCACCAGGGGUUCUGCCGACACCCUCUGAAGCAGGGGGGAAGGAGGCCGGGUCCCAGCCUGACAUCUGCAUCCUUACCCUGGCUAUGAUGAUCGCUGGCAUCCCCACUGUGCCCGUCCCAGGCCUGCGGGAAGAGGACCUGAUCCGGGCUGCUCAAGCUUUCAUGACGGCCCAUCCGGAGCCAGAGGGAGCUGGGGAGGCAGCGCGGUGGGAGCAGGCACAUGCCCACGGAGCCUCUGGGCAGGUGCCGCUGGUGAGAUCCAGGAGGGGCCAGCCUCCUGGCUCCUGCUUGUAGCUGGAUGAAAUAGCACCAGACACAGAGGGUGGCUUUUCCGUAUGGUUCUUGGGCAGACAGGGUUGGGGGCCUAUGGCAAGGAGGGCGAUAGGGUGGGUGGUUGAGCCACUUUGACAAAUUCCAGUCCUUCAGUAGGGACUUCCUUACCCCAGGGAGUUUCUCCAGAUACCACUAAGACAGGAGAUAGGUCUUGUCAGAUAGAUACGAUUAAAAUUAUCUGAGGUAGGGGGCCUUGCUCGAAGAGUCAAGGCUUCUUUUUAUUGUUUUGAGGACUUGAUCAAAAUUUCUUGUAUAAAGUUAUAGGCAAUGUGAACUCCCCUCUUGCCUUAAAUUUCCCAGCAUGUUGAAGGCAGGUCGUAGGAUCACAGGCAAGCAAGGAAAAUUAACAUUUAGUUGAACACCCACUAGGUAUGUCCACUCUUUAAUCUUACUGCCUUUGUGGCCCCAUUUUUACAGAUAAUCAAAUUGAAGUUUAGAAAGGUGACUUGCCCAAAGUCCCAUAGCUAGUAAAAAGUAGAACCAGGCUCAAAAAUCAGACACAGAAGGAAUCAGGAUUCACAGGUAGUAUCAGACUCCAGAGUCUAUUCUUUCCAUGAUAUACCCUAAACUGCCUUCUACAGAACAAGAAAAACUAGACAAGUGCUAGAAUAUGCAACACUAAAUUUUAUUGACCCCAGGAUGGGGCAGGGAGAAAAAUAGUGGAAGCCUGGCUAAGCCAACUGCCCUGAGGGGCCUCUUCCUCUGUGGGAAGGCUCCCAGGCCAGCUCACUCCAGGGAGGUAGGUCAGGUGAAUCAUCUCAUGACUGGGGCGGCUGUUACCAAGCCCCAGGCCUCAAUCUCACCGCCCAAUCUCUUAUCUCUUAGAUCACAAGUUGCCUACUUUUGUAUGACCCUUGAGUUAAGAAUGGUUUUUACCUUAGGAAAAGGUUAUCAAAACAAAACCAAGAAUACACAACAGAGACUGUAUGUGGCCAAGAAUGUAAAGUAUUUAUAAUACUAUUGGGCCCUUUAGGGGGCUAGACACCUUCUAGGUAGCAGGCUAUGGUAGAUUAAAAGACCCUUGUCCUUCUUAUUCUGGAAGGAGGGCCCAUGGAAGUACACUAGUGGGAGUGGGAGUGUGUGUGUGUGUGUGUGUGUGUGUGUGUGUGUGUGUAUGUGUAGGGGUGGACGUGAGUGUGUGCACAUGCAUGAGCAUCUCUGGGCAUCGAGAGUAAUCAGAGUUGGACCUGCUCGUAAGGGCCGAUCCAGCUGUCGGCCAGUUCCCGCAGGGUGCUGUACCUCCGCUCAAACUCCUCCUUACUGCAGUGCUGCAAGAGCCGACCUACCUCCUCGGUGAGGGAUGGCAAAGUAGACUGCCCGGGCAAGAUGACCUUCCAGCUGUACCUGAGGUCCAUCCACCAGGAAGGUGGGAGAUGUGGAUAGCUGACGUGCCCGUUCGGAGUACGGCUGGAGCCAGAUGGGAAGUCACCCUCCCACCCCUUUGGGAGCUGUGUGAUAGCUUACCGCGGUGAGCAGCUGCCUCACGCCUCCACCCCUUCAGAAAUCACUCACUCACCCACAGCCUGGCUCCGUCGCCAUUUCUCCCUAUUUGACCCUGCCUGCGACUGUGACUGACGUCCAGGCUCACCAACCAUAGCGUCAGCUUCGCGGUGACUCGGGCCAAUGGCCUGAGGAGUUCGCUUUCGGGCUUUAGUGCCAAGGGCCAAUCGUAGCCCGGCGAUUCGUGGGCGGGUGGGGUUGCCAGGGUUACGAGGGCUCGGCUGGCGAUAACCAAUGAAAGACCGAGGACACGUGCAUCUGGGGGAGUCUGAGCCCUGAGGCUGGAACUCUGGAGCCUCCCUUCGGGCUAGACGAUGGAAAGGGCAUGUUACUAUGGAAACUCCCUCAAAGGCCGAAAAUGAAAAGGAAAAUAAAUAGCUGUAUUUUACAGAAACCUC